AAACGCCAACGUCGUAUACGGGCGAUGAGUCAUUGAAGGCAUCACGGCUCAUUACCAUUAUUACGGUGAAGCGCCUCUCAUCUUCUCCAAGGUGUCUCUCAAGACAGCCCGCUGCCGGCCCCUCUCCUCCUUGCCUCUCAUCGAUCCAUUCCGAUACAAAUUUCCGCUCAACAUCUCGGGACUUUUUGUUCGCCAUGAAGGGGAUCGGGGUCUUCGUGGUUUUCUUGGUGCUUUCCGCCUCCGUGCUGAACACAGCCGAAGCGGGCAGGAGCAAGACCAGCAACCAGAACAGCUUCCGACGGGCAGCUAACGGCGUCUACCAGACCCUCAGCGGGGUCUUCGGAGAGGACAACAUCAGAGGGCUGUACAAGUUUUUCUCCAAAACCACGGAGCGGUUUGUCCAUGGAGUGGACUCGUUCCUCGACACAAUCUGGAAGAUCUGGUCAGAUUUGCUGGACGUGAUGGGCAUCGAAUCCUCCAACCUCAGCCACUACUUCAGCCCCACAUCUCUCACCAACUCUCCGGCGCGCGCCCUGCUGCUGGUCGCCGCCGUGCUCGUGGCCUACUGGUUCCUCUCCAUGUUCCUGGGCGGCUUCUUCUACCUGCUGCACGCCGUGUUCGGCCGCUUCUUCUGGCUGGCGCGCGUCACGCUCUUCGCCCUGUCCUGCCUCUACAUCCUGCAGAAGUUCGAGGGGGACCCCGAGCGCGCGGUGCUGCCGCUGUGCUUCAUCAUGGCGGUGUACUUCAUGACGGGGCCCGUCGGAGCGUACUGGCGUCGGGGAGGAGGGGCCGGUUCGCUGGAGGAGAAGAUCGACCACCUGGACACUCAGAUCAGGCUGCUGAACAUCCGGCUGAGCCGCGUCAUAGACGGCCUGGAGCGCGCCGGGGACCAGUAGGUGGGGCGGGGGGGGGGGUGUAUGGCAACUACGUGGAGUGGAUGUUUCCUGUGCACAUCUGCAGCAAACACAACUACUGGGUAUUUACAACUCUAUGGUCAGAUGGGGGACAAAACUAGUUUUGUAAAACAGUAUUUUAACUGCUUGAGUUAUUAUUAUUUUUUAGUUACAGGACGCCGGUGUGAACGGUUGACUUGGAGCUUACACAAUUCAAGCAAACCUUUUUUUAAAACCUUUUGUUAGGUCCGUCUCAAGGCUUUGAUUGAAACGGUUUUGCUACAUUUGAGAUGUUCAUGGUUUUCUAAAUGCUGGCCCACGUUCUUCACCUCAACUCCUUUUUUGGAGAAACUCCCUAUUUCAGGUUAGAAGAUUUCAUCCUUAAAUCAUCAUCAUGGUUAUAGAUUUAUUUAUUCCAAUUUCAAUCCAAGAUGUUAAUCUCACAGGUCCCCUGUUUCAGUAAGUCCCCGUCCCAUAGUGGCAAUAGUUUGACAUCAGGACCUCUUUUUCAUUCUGUGGGUUUGUGUGUGGGCACGAGCAAAUGCGUCUGGGUGACUUACUCAAAUGUGUGGGCAUUAUUGUGUAUGUGUGUGUUUUGUGAAAUGAAAAGCACCGUAUUGAAGAGUGAAUAGAAAUGCAGAGAGGCAGCGAUAUCUCAGGGACUCAACCAACACGCAUGGAGAUUUGGAAAAGAGUUAUCAGGUGGAUUCAAGUCAUCUCUCGGCCUGUUUGAGUCACUGAACAGUUUUUUCAAAUCCGGUUUGGAAUCUGUCUCGGCAACAUAAAAUACUUGAUAAAUCUGUGCAUUUCGUGCUCUUGUAUCAUGUUUAGUUUGCAUCUUAAUGCAUCUUUGAUCCAGUGUGAACAGGAUCAUUAUCUCAAUUUGAUUACAGGUUGAAUUUGGUUCAGUGCCUUUUGAAUCUGUAGCAAAAACACAAGCGGCUACUGUACAAGUGAUACUUACCAAUAACUUAAUGAGAGAUUUAUGAUUCAUGCAAGUUAUUAAAUUGAAUCUUUGCUCUCAACACAGGCUCGCUGUGCAUCGAUGUAUCAAAAUCCUUUUUUUUUUUUUGUGUUCUAGGGUUUUCAUAUCUUUUUCUUCUUUAUUAUUUUGGACAGAACGAUCCCUUUCUAAUCGUGUGCUGCAUGAAAGACUUUUUUUCCCGGCCUUGCUCCUCUAUGUUUAAAACACCUCUUUAUUUAUAUUCAUAUUCCUCUUGGCGCAGCUUUUUGAAAUUGAAAUCUUUUGAAUCUGCACACUGUAGACAAAUGUUUUUAUACAAAUGACCCUCAUGCUGUGCAAAUUUGCAAGGGGGAUGUAAAUUUACUUUCACAUUAGAAAGUUGAUCUUCACAAGGUGGCGAUGUGGCACUUAUCGUUCAUGACAUUACUUGGGCCAAAGAACCAACUCACGCUCCCUCCUCACUUUCUCCAUGUAGUCGGGGUAAAGGGUUCAUUUCUUCCUUGGAGAAGGAAAAUGUUGCAUCAACAAAAUACCGGACGGAGACCCAUUGGCUUAGUGAUCAUUCAGUACAGGCGCUGGAUUCUGGUAUUGGAGGCAUCGUCUUGCAUUUCAUCCUUAUUUUCAGAAUAAAUUUAAACUGGUCCAAAACUAGUUCAAUAUUUGACUACAGCUUGUUUUCAUGUGUAUCAAUUCAUGGAAAAUAUCUUCCCCCAACACCCAGUUCAUCCCUGCAGUGCCUCCCCGCCCCCACGUAGCCAUAGUAACCGGAGCCUUCUUGCAUGACGUUACAUUAUACAUGUUGUUUUCUGACUUGGUAGAGAACCCUCCCGAAAUGUGUUACGUGAUGAGUUAGUGCAAAGUUAAUUAUUAAAAUGAGUGAAUUGUUAUCAGUCUUUUUCUGUGUUAUGACAACGUGCUCGCUGAUUACUGUACAGACCAACUCCUCACACAUGGGGGGUUUCACAUGUGUGAACAUGAAUUGUCCUGUGAUCUGUUGGGAAUCUCAGAAUGCGAAUCGUGUAAAGCAGUGUUGGAGGAGCAGCUCGGUGGAUGUGGUAUUAAUGGCAGUGUUUAGUGAAUAGCAGUGCCCGGUUAUGUUAUGGAACGGAGGUUUUCUACCCAGUUGUCUAUGAAUCAGGGUUUGAUGUGACAGAAUUUUAAAAGAUUCAUGAUUUCCACUCACCCUCGUUUUUUUUAUUACUACUUUCUUGCAGCACAAAAAUGUAAAUUUCCGAGACAAAAACCCGCUUGAAAACACAAGCUGUGCACCUAAAGUUCGGCAUGUAUGUGCCACUGUCCGUUACCACUCGGGUUUUAGAAGUUGCGAGUGGAUCUUUUAAUUGACAUUUCUCAGCACUGAUUGAAUGCUACAUUCAGAUUUAAUCUAUUCCAUGCUGAAACGGCUAAUAAUUCCAUAAAUGUACUGUACUGUAUCCUACUUAUUACUAUUAUUCCAUGUCUCCUGCUUUUUAUAACAUGCUGUGCAAAUAAUAUGUUUAAUUUAAGGCCAUUUUUACGAGUGUUUUUUUCAGUUCAUUAUUCUGUAUUUUGACCUUAUUUGGGUCUUAAUAUUUCUGUGGUUCAGUGAUGAGGCGAGCGCCAAACUGUUGUUUGCUGUUUGUGUGUGAAUGUGUCUUUAUCAAAAGCUGUUGAUGGAUAAAUUCUUUUUUGUCAGUGAAAAUGAGGUCCCGAUCGAAAUAAAUUAAACACCACAGUAUGACAAAA